UUCAGUUCUCUGUGCUGACUCAUUAUCUCACUUUUAGAGGUAGUGAGAAGUUCUUCCUGUGGUUUCUCUCGUUGUCUGUGUGUGAAUAAACACAAACGAAUACCGUUCUGUGUGUGUGUGUGUCCAUUGCUUGUCUCUCAGUGAAUAACUUGGGGAGGCUUUUGUGUUGGCUGGUAAGGCCUCCCUGGAUAACUUUCAGACACCCCUUUGUCCUACUUCCCCCUUUCCUGACACAAUGGAAGAGGAGAAAUUCAGAAUGUUACCCAACCCAGGUUGACGACUUUUUCAAUUGAUCGUCCCGUUCAAUUUCAUUAGUCAAGUCUCAGCGUUUGAUCUCUUAUCCUGCCCUGUAUAAUCUCAGAGGAAAAUCCAUUUCUUCCUCAUUUAACUUGGCUGUAGAACCUUUUUUUGUCGUAUUUGAUGGACACUGUUACAUAACCAGAGCAAAACUCCUCACAGAAGAUUUAGGAAGAACAAAACUAAGAAUACUGUUAUUAAGCACAUUUACCAUCAGGAACAUUACAUCUCAAUCAAUAUCAGGUCUGUUUGAGGUUAUAAGACUCCAAGGACUUAGCCUUGUACAAAUAACUUUAUGUGAAAUUAAAGUCUAUGUCAGAUAUUUCUAAUUCAAACUAGACACACAGAACCACGUGUUCUGCUGACUUUGCUUUUUGUCUUCACUUCUUAUUGCAUCUCUGGGAAAGUGAAUGAAAAACACCUGACUUUGAUACAAGUCUAAAUAUUAAUUAACACAAUAUUGAACAUGUUGCCUGAAACCCUGUGUGACAGAAAUAACCUAAGCUAUCUUAGAAAUGCCUUGUGUUACACCUUUGACCCCAUGUUUCACUGAGGUGAAAUUGUCGCUGCUAUGUGUCAUUUCUGUCACCGCUGUGAGUGAAAAUUGAUGUGAGUGAAAAAGAUAAUUACAGACACAACACUUCUGUAUGAAUCAAACAUUUGAAGCUAUGCGUUUUCAAACUAGGAAAGCUAUGGCUUUAGACCACUGAAAGUUAAAUGCUCUUGAAAAAAUGGAAACGAAAACUAUUCAAAGAAUGUCCUUUCUAUGAUAGACCAUGAAAUGUGGAAUCACAAGUUCUACCUGAAAAAGGUGGGUGAACCCCUGCACACCCCUCACCACACCCGUGCUGAUGGAGAGAUUGCAUAGAGGAGUAGGGGGGAAAACCUGCUGGCCGCAUUCUUUUCUUUCAACUGCUCCUCCUGGCCCAUCCCACUCUGCUGUGCAUGGUGACUAUAUAACCACGGAGGCCAAAGUGACAACUCCAACUGCAGAUCAACUCCAGGUCAACCUCCAAACCUCCAGCAUGUCUUUCAGCACCAGAUCCUACGGUCAGAAGACCAUGAGUGUCUAUGGUGGAGCAGGCGGCCAUGGCACCCGCAUCUCCUCCUCCCAGAUGAACUUUGCACCAUCCGCAAGAAGCUUCAACCUGUCUGAUGGCGUGGACCUCCACGUUGGGGCCAACGAGAAGGCCACCAUGCAGAACCUGAACGACCGUCUUGGUUCCUACCUGGAGAAGGUGCGCACCCUGGAGAAGGAGAACGACCGCCUGGACAAGCAGAUCAGAGACUGGUACCAGUCCAGAACUGUCAUCUGCCAUGACUACAGCUGCUACUUUGUCAUCAUCGAAGACCUGAAGGACAAGAUCCGUAUUGCCUCCAGGCUCAACGCCAAGACAGUCCUGGACAUCGACAACGCAAAACUUGCUGCUGAUGACUUCAAAAUGAAGUAUGAGAACGAGCUGGCCAUGAGGAUGGCUGUGGAGGCAGACAUUGCUGGACUGAAGAGGGUGCUGGAUGAGCUGAACAUGGCCAGGAUGGAUCUGGAGAGUCAGUAUGAGGCCCUGAAGGAAGAGCUCAUCAUGCUGAAGAGGAACCACGAAGAGGAGAUGGUUCUGCUGAGGAGCCAGAUGGGCGGACAGGUCAAUGUGUCCGUGGAUGCUUCUCCCUCUGUAGACCUGAACAAGGUGAUGUCGGAUAUCAGGGAUCACUAUGAGUCUGUCAUCGGCAAGAACCGCAAGGAACUCGAGUCAUGGUACCAGUCCAAGAUUGCUGGUAUUGAACAGGAAGUGAGGGUACAGACAGAGACCCUGACAUCAUCCCGCACUGAGAUUAAGGACCUGAAGAGUACCCUCCAGAGGCUUCAGAUUGAACUGCAAUCCCAUCUGAGCAUGAAAGCGUCGCUGGAGGGUACCCUUGCAGAGACUCAGGCCCGCUACGCUGCACAGCUAGGAAGUCUCCAGAACAUGGUCACAAGCCUGGAGACUCAGCUAUCCCAGCUUCACUCCAACAUCGCCAGCAACAAGCAGGAGUACGACAUGCUGCUGGACCUCAAGACCCGACUGGAGAUGGAGAUCGCAGAGUAUAGGAGGUUGCUGGAUGGGGAGGAUGAGAGCACAAAGCAAGUGGUCACAAAGGUCAUCACAGUGGUGCAGACAGUUGUGGAUGGAAAGGUGGUCACCAGCAGCAAGACCGUUGAUGUGGACGUUGAUGAGAUUGAGGGAUAAACUUCAAGUAACAGCAAAAAUCA